AUGGCCAAGGGGCAUAUACUGUUGCAUGCAAAUAUGGCAUGGGGUCAUACAAGACCGCUGUGCAACUUUGCGGCGAACGUCGUCAAGCUGCGAUCGGUUCAUGUUACCCUCUUGACGCUUCCGCCGCUUGUCGACCGGAUUGGCCAGGAACUAGCAAGGAGUUUUCCGGCGGGUGAAAAGGAAGAGUCGUUGUUGCGACUCAUCAGGGUUGUAUGUCUCCCGGUCAACAGGGAGGAUCUGCCACAUGGCGUGGACGGGCCGUUCCGCGAGACGUAUAUCAAGCUGGUCAACUCUGAGCCUAUCACUUGCUCCGUCCAGGGCAUAACCUUCGAAGCCUUGGAUCCUCCGACUGCGGCUAUCAUAGACUUCACCGCCCUGUAUGCGUUACGAGCUAUCAAGGAAAAAAAUCGGCCGAUCCCGGUCCUCGCGUGGCAAAGUCACAAUCCCGCCUACGUCGUCAAAUGCAACAUACCCGUUGAGGAAGGCGGAGAUGGCGACAUCAAGCUAGACGUCGACCGGAUCGCAGCGAAGCACGGAAAGAGCUAUUCGGAGGCUUUCGACCUGUUCUUGGAAAACCUACCUGGAAGAGCCGUGCAUGUUGCGGAUUUGCCGCCCAUGUACGAUUACGAGUUUUGGCCUCAGCUUGUAUCGCCUACCUUCAAUGGUCCUAUAGUUGAUGGCCGUCAUGCGUCCUACCAGUUCCUUCAAGAGUGCGACGGCGUCGUUCAAACCAGCGAUCCAUCCUGGAACAGGGGCGGCAUUGACGCCAUGGAAAGAUGGAUGUCAAGUUUCGUUCCGCCCCGCAAAGUGUACAGCGUAGGGCCACAGUUACCCUCGGGGCCACUAGAGUUUACCAGGAGCGGAGACCUGGCGCAAUCCACAGUCUCCUUCGCCGUCUUGAACUUCUUGGAUGGUAAAUUGCAGUCGCACGGACAGAGAUCGGUAUUAUACAUAUCGUUCGGUACCGUAUGGGGUCCUUGGUCCGGCCCGGACCUUCUAUGGGUCAUAUUGGAGGUCCUCAAGGACAGGGAUAUGCCAUUCAUCUUGGGUUGUGCUUCGCCGUUUGCUGCCAUUCCAGCGGACAUCUCCGGAUGGAUAGAGUCGUCCGGGAUCGGCAUCGUGUCGAAGUGGAGCCCGCAACAGACGGCCCUAGGACAUGAGGCAGUCGGAUGGUUCUUGACGCAUGCGGGUCAGAACAGCGCUAUGGAGAGUCUGAGGGCCGGUAUUCCCAUGAUAUGUUGGCCCUUUAUCGGGGAUCAGCCCAUCGUUUCGGCUACUCUGAGCAUCAAUCUCAACGUCGCGUAUGAAUUGACUGAGGUUCGCACCGGAAAAAGCGGCACGAGGCCUCUGCACCGAACCGGCAGGGCACCGGAAGGCUCAGCCGACGCUGUCCGGAGGGAAUUCACGACGAUUUUGGAUGCAAUGAACGGGCCGGAUGGGCAGAUCAAGAGACAGAAUGCCGAGAGGAUUAGUAAGGGCUUGCUGAAGACAUGCAUGGAAGGCGGGAGUGGCCGACGGGCGAUGAUCAACCUGCUUGACGGCUUGAGUGUGUAG